GCCGCGCGAUGCGGAGCGUGCUGCAGUCAGCGCGUGAGCUCCAGGUGUUUCAGGUGAAAGCAGCGCGCGGAGUCUGAGACGUUUCACUUUUACUUUGUUUGGUUGUUGUUGUCAACAUGUGGGCGCGAGCUGUGCUGUGCGCGGCGCUGCUGUCCGCCUUGUGUCCAGCUGGGAGGACGGAAGCCGAGAGGGACGAGAGAGAAGUGCAGGACUACCGAAACUCCAACAGACUGCUCGGCGCCCUGCAUGAAGUCCUGGAGAAGCUGCAGACCAAGAGUAUCAGUCCCUGGGGGAAGAAGUACGGACAGGUGCCCUCUUGUGACCUCGGCGAGCACUGCGCCGUGAGGAAAGGAUCUCGGAUCGGGAAGAUGUGCGACUGUCCUCAAGGAGCCUUCUGCAACUUCUUCCUGCUCAAAUGCUUAUGAGCCAGUCAGAGUAUAUUUUAAAUUGUAAAGUUUACAAAUAUAAAUAAAGAUGUGUUAAGAAGUGUGAAAUCAGUGAUCUGCAUUAAAGACGUUUUGCUUUAAGCUGACUGUUUUUCCAUCAGCCAUGUUGGUGAAGAUGAAGGAUAAAACUGGGAUUGGUGGGAUUAGACUGACCAGGUUACUCUAACAUGUCUGACUCCAGUAAGAUGAUUAAAGACUUCAUUUAUUUCA